GUCGGCGGCGGUAAGAUGGCGGCGCUCGGGGACGCAUCAGCUCCGGGGCUGAACGGGUUAAUACAGCAAUUUACAGCCAUAACGGGAGCCACUGAAAGUGUGGGGAAACACAUGUUGGAGGCCUGCGACAACAACUUGGAAAUGGCCGUGACCAUGUUCCUGGAUGGAGGGGGGAUCGCAGAGGAGCCCAGCACCAGCUCAAGCUCAGCAGGGGCGUCCAGCAGCAGACUCCCCCUCCCAGAGGACGAGGUGCGGGCACCCAUCCCCCAGAAACAGGACAUCCUGGUGGAGCCGGCGCUGUCGGUGCCAAAGAGGAGGAGACCAGCGAGGUCCAUAUUCGACGGCUUCCGGGAUUUCCAGACCGAAACGAUUCGGCAGGAGCAGGAGCUGCGGAACGGCAGUGCGGUGGAUAAGAAGCUGAGCACCCUGGCCGACCUCUUCCGCCCCCCCAUCGAGCUCAUGCACAAAGGCAGCUUUGAGACGGCGAAGGACUGUGGGCAACUGGAGAACAAGUGGCUGAUGAUCAACAUUCAGAAUGUGCAGGACUUCUCCUGCCAGUGUCUCAACAGAGACGUGUGGAGCAACAACGCUGUCAGAACCAUCAUUAGAGAGCACUUCAUCUUCUGGCAGGUUUACCACGACAGUGAGGAGGGACAGAGGUAUAUCCAGUUCUACAAACUGAAUAAGUUUCCCUAUAUCUCCAUACUGGACCCCCGUACAGGCCAGAAGAUGGUGGAGUGGAACCAGCUGGACGUGGCCUCCUUCCUGGAGCAGGUGUCGGGGUUCCUGAGCGAACACGGUCAGCUCGACGGGCUGUCCAGUCGCCCCCCGCCCGCGAAACGCGCGCGCUCUGAGAGUUUGAUUGACGCCAGCGAGGACAGCCAGCUGGAGGCGGCGAUCCGGGCGUCGCUGCAGGAGACGCACUACGAGUCGAACCCGGACCACGCCGAGUCGCGCUCGGAGGACGACUCAGAGGCCGAGCCCUUCUCCGACAGCGAGGGGCUCAUCUCCGUGGACGGGUCGGACGACGACGACGACGAGGACGAGGGGGGGGAGGGGCCCUCCGGCGGCCACGCCCUCCCCCCGCCGCGGGCCACCCCGCCCCCCCGGCCGGACAGCCCCGCCCGCCACAGGAGGUCUCCGCACAAGGAGUCCAGCCACAGGAAGGAGGAGAACAAGAAGAACCACCUGGAGCCGCCGGAGAGCUCGCCGGCCGCCACCCCGGAGCCCUUCGCCGGGUCGCGGGCCCAGAACUCCGGCCCGGCCCCCGCCGAGACCGGCGCCGACGAGCCCGCCCACCUGGACCAGCCCGACGACAACGGUCCGAAGGCCCGGUUGAUGCUUCGGUACCCAGAUGGCCAGAGGGAGCAGAUCACUAUGUCCACGCAGGCCAAGCUCAUGGCGCUGGUGAAGCACGUGCAGUCGAAAGGCUACCCCAACGAGCGCUUUGAACUGGUCACCAACUUCCCCCGACGGAAGCUGUCCCACUUGGACUAUGACAUCACGCUGCAGGAGGCGGGGCUGUGUCCACAGGAGACUGUCUUUGUGCAGGAAAGAAAUUAGGGCCUCCGUCCUGCUCCAGUCCCCCUCGCCCCUCCGCCUCUCCUCAUCUCUGACUUUCGGACCUAGGAAGAACGUGCAGACCACAGCCUCUUCCGCUCCCCUCCUCCUCCCCCCCCCUCCCCCCCCCCCAAUCUGUGUUCUCGCAAGCCGCUGGUCUCUGUCUUAACAGGUGGCCGUCCUCAUUUCAACGGAACAUGCCGACGUACCACGUUGCCGUGAAGCGUUCAGCCGGCCUGGUUGAGGUUCUCACCGAAUGUCGAGCGAAAUCGGGGGCUUGAGCGCAGUGGGUCGGCGUGCAGCUGAGCAGCUGAGGACCCCCUCCACCCCUGCGUUUCAGGGAGUUCCAACAUGUAAGGUCACAUGACAUGAAUUUCCAGGACCUUUUUUUUUUUUUUUUUUUUAAUGCUGUUCUCAAACAACACGUUGUCAUUUUCACUUUUUUUUCCCCCUCCCCUCUCCAGUUUUGGUUACAUUUGUUAAUGACAUUGUGUCAUGAAAAGGUUUUUUUUUUUUUUUUUUUUUGACUGCAGAAAGAAAGACUUUGGUGAGUGGUGCUCCGCUAAGCAUCCCAUAGGCCAGCUGUGAGUCGGUUGUCAAGGUGACAUGGGAUUGGGAGACCCCGGGUCGGAUUAGACACCAGUAACGGUGGGGCAGAUCUGUGGGGUAUCUCAGAGAUUGUGUUCUAACCUUGUGCCGCGGAGGUCUGGUGUAGAGGUGUAGUUAUAGUCAUUUGCUUUCUUUUUUUCUUUUUUUUUUAUAUACUGCCCCAUUUACAAGAAAAACAAAAACAAAUUGUUGAUGCUCAAAUAUAUUCGUCAAAACAAAGGGAAUUUUGGCCUGCUUUCUUCUUCCCGAAUGUGGCUGCAUGAGUUGGGCGGAGCUUCAGCUGAUGUCACAAUGGCUGGGAGGAGUGUCAUCGAUUUAAGUCCAGAUUUCUUGACAUGCUUAGGAAGGUGUGUCUUUCCACGAUGGUCUCCAUGGGCCAUUUUUGCUGAUUGAAGGAAGCAUUUGGUCAUCAUCGUCCAUCGGUCAUCUCAAGCACAGAUAAUUUGUUGACAUGGCUACCAAUUAAAAAAAAAAAAACGAAAAAAUAAACAAACAGGUUGUCAGUCAGGUGCUUCUAAAAAAAGAAGUUACAGGUGCAUUGUGGGAGAUGCCUUUUUUUUAAUCAAGAUGGGUAUUAUUCUGAAAUUAAGGCCAGUAUUUAAAAACUGACACCAAAUUUUAUUCAUCUGCUAAAAUACGGAACUAUGACGACAUAGUAAUGGAAUGACUCCCCAGGGUCUCUACAGCCAUUGGCAUUUGAGUGGUGUACGCCUCCUAGGGGUCGACUGUGACGUGCCCUAGCCAAUCGGCCCGGAUUACACGUGCCGCUCCUUGUGCCGGGGUAACUGCUGCAUGCGAAUGUGACGGAAAGCCAGGACGCGCUUCAGAGGGCGGCGCGCUCUGUAGCUCCAUCCACACAGGCGCUGCUCGCCCAAUAGCGUCUCCGUCUCCGCGCCUCAUCGGUGACGCCGCUGAUUGGCUGUGCAGGCUUGGGCCCAAUGAGAGCCGAGCGCGCUGAGUGAUACCAGCUCAACGCAGCUGGAAGUUUUCGGCUCACCGCGUACCAGUCCGCACAGGGAUGGGAUCGUUUUUUAAUUCUUCCACAUGGGAGCAGUGUUGGGUUUUGAACAUAUAUGUAAUUAGUGAGUCACCCGCCGCCCCCCCCCCCCCCCCCCUUCCCCCAUCAUCACCAUUUUGCGGUUGUGUAAAUUCCCUAUAUGUCAGGGCACUGAUGAUGGCCAUCUUGUCAGUUGAUGCAUCUUGUUAAAUUAUGAAAAGAUUUUUUUUUUUUUUUAACAAUAGAAAAUAUUAUUCCUGUGUGAAUAGCAAUGACUUUGGUGAUGUUAAAAACUGCCGUGGGAGUACUUUAGCACAACUCGCCAGAGGAAUUUUUUAACUGUAUUUUUUUUUUUUUGGGGGGGGGGGGUGUGGGUGAGGGAUAAGCAGGGUGUGUAAGUGGUCCUCAGUCCCAUGCUUAUCGUUGGCUUAUCGCUGGGCCAUCGCAGUGUCAUAGACUGGCUCGCUGAGGUCGUUCGGCAGCUUUUCCAGUCAGAAGCAGAUGCCUUUCCCCAGCCCUGUCAGAGUAGUCCUCCUGCAGCUCCUACCGGCUCCCACCCUCCCUGGGAAGAUGGAGGAGGUUGGGCUAAAACAAGCCUGCAUCCCUCUAGCUGUAUGGGGUGGUGGGGGAGGGUUAGGGUCAGGCCCAGAGUGGUGGAUCAGUUAGGACUAUGACUUUGUCACUGUGGGGAGGCGGGGGGGGGGUUGGGGGUUUGGGGGCUUGGGGGGGGGGGGGGGGGUUGGUAAUUUGAAUAGGUUCAGAGCGGGGAGUUUGUAAAUAGCCUCCUAGCUUUGCUUUUUUGUUAUAUUUUAUUUUUCGGCAAACCGCUGUCAUUUGUACGUUGCAAGGUGCAGUUUUUAACAAAGUUUAGCUUGGAUUUUUUAAGGACUCGUUUGAAAGCACGGUGGGCCAGUGUGUAGAACGGUGGGGAGACGGGCUUCGUUAUCGUUUUAGAUGCAGAGAAACACAGGUUCGACCCCCCCCCCCGCCCCCCUCCAUGCACUCGAACAUCUCUGAGCUGUGAUCUUACCUGGCUGGACUAGCUGUGUGCAGGUAGGCAGAAAGGGGUGGAGUCCAGGAAGGAUCCCUUUGCUUAUUUAAAAAAAAAAAACCCUGCCCCGUCUCGCCUCGUCCCAUGUGGUUCUGAAGCUGCUGGAUGCAUCCGGCAAAGUAGAAUCUUUCCUGUAUAUAACGACACACAGCGUAGCAGUAGAGUUGUGUGUGAGAGACUGACUAAAAACAAGAAGAAAAAGACAAAAAAGUAUGUGCUUUGAGGGACCAAACUUUUGUUUUUACACAACUUGUCUUAAUAUUGUAAUAUUUUCCUGCAAAAGAAAAAAAGAGAGAGACAAAAACAAAUCAACCAAUAAAUAAGUGCUUUUCCAACA